UCUGUCUCUUAUAAUGAUCUUAUAUAUUCUGUUCACCGCGCUGGCGGGUUUGGUGAUUUUGUUUCUGCUUUACGCGAGAAAUCCUUAUCUUCUGGCAGACUUAAAGUACCAGUUCAUUUUAUUUAGAAGAUGGAAACAUGUCAGCAAAUUCGUGCAUUCGAAGAAUUUCUAUAGUAUUCUGGACUGUUUUCUGGACAAAGUGGCGAAACAUCCUCAUAAGAAUUUCAUCGUUUUUGAGGAGCGCUGCUACACUUACAGCCAAGCCGACAAAGAAAGCAACAAAGCGGCCAGAGCUCUGAGGACGCACGGCCACCUGGAGCAGGGAGACACGGUGGCCCUGUUCCUGGGAAACGAGCCUCUCUUCGUGUGGAUCUGGCUCGCUGUGGCCAAGCUGGGAUGUACAGCUGCUCUCCUCAACUACAACAUCAGAUCCAAAUCUUUGCUGCACUGUUUCUCCUGCUGUGAUGCCAAAGUGCUGGUGGCUGGUGCUGACUUGCGAGGAGCUGUAGAGGAGGUGCUGCCCUCUUUGCAGCAGCAGGGUGUCCGCGUGUUUAUCCUCAGUGAGAGCUGUGACUUGGACGGUUUAGAAAGUCUCUCUGACAAGAUCCAGCAGGCAUCAGAGCAGCCUCUGUCACCUCAGUUUAGGUCCAACAUCCAUCUAAACAGUCCUGCACUGUACAUCUACACCUCAGGAACCACAGGGCUUCCCAAAGCAGCAAUAAUUUACCAUUCAAAGUUGUGGAGGAUAACAGUGAUUCUGUCUUCUGCUGGUGUACGCUCAGAUGACAUCAUCUACAUUAAUCUGCCUCUCUACCACACAGUUGGCUUUGUAAUUGGAAUAUGUGGAGCCAUAGACAAAGGUAUUACUGUUGCUUUAAAGCGUAAAUUCUCUGCCUCUAAGUUCUGGGAUGACUGUAGAAAGUAUAAUGUGACAGUCAUUCAGUACAUAGGAGAGACCAUGCGCUACCUCUGCAACACACCAAAGAGAGACAAUGACAAAGACCACAAAGUCCGAAUUGCUAUUGGGAAUGGGACCAGAGCUGACAUCUGGACUGAAUUUUUGCAGCGUUUUGGGAACAUUCGUGUCUGUGAAUUCUAUGGAGCUACAGAAGGAAAUGUUUCAUUUUUCAACUACACUGGAAAAAUUGGAGCUGUUGGCAAAGAGAUGUUUUUGCAACAAUCCAGGAUGCCACAUGCUCUCAUAAAGUACGACACAGAGACCGGGGAGCCAGUCAAGGACUCAAAUGGAUUUUGCAUUAAAAUCCGUCGAGGGGAGACUGGUUUGUUGGUUGGGAAGAUUGGAGAGAGAACACCUUUCAGUGGCUAUGCCAAGAACGAACAGCAGACAGAGAAGAAGAAACUGGGGGACGUUUUUGAGAAAGGAGAUGUCUACUUUAACACUGGAGAUGUCCUAAAGAUAGACAAGGAGGGAUUCUUAUACUUUCAUGACCGUAUUGGAGACACCUUCAGAUGGAAAGGUGAAAAUGUGGCAACCACAGAGGUGGCUGACAUUCUGAACAUGGUGGACUGCAUUCAAGAGGCUGUUGUCUACGGUGUGAAUGUGCCAGGACACGAGGGAAGAAUUGGAAUGGCUACACUGAAGCUGAAAGAAAACAUGGAAUUUGACAGAAAAGCUACAUACGAGUACGUCAAAGUGUACCUGCCCACUUAUGCAAGACCACGAUUCAUUCGCAUACAGGAUGUACUGGCAGUGACCGGCACAUUUAAACAAAUGAAGGUCAAGCUCAGAGAGGAGGGCUUUAACCCAGCGGUCAUCACGGACACAUUGUUCUUCCUGCAGGACAACCAGGGCUACAUCCCCAUGACUCAGCAGAUAUUUGACUCUAUCCACAAUGGACUGAUCAGACUCUGAAUUAUGCUGCAUUCAAAUGUUGGCAGUAUGCAUCAGAUGGUCAACUGAAUGUUCCAUUCUUUUCAAAGAGAGAGUGACAGAA